CUCGGGGUCGCCCAGCCUCAGGAGCAGCUCGGCAGCUGUGCAGCGACCCGCGAGAAGCGGGGCCCGACGACUGCGUCGAGGCGCACACCUGGCGCCGGGGGGCGCCCUUCCCUCUCGCGCAGCGCGGCGCCCGGCCCCGCCCCUCCGCGCCCCGCGCCCUCUUAGCGCCACCGACCCGCCGAGCGAGCCGCGGGCGACGCCGACCCUCCGCUUCUCACCCGCGGAGAGCGCUCUGCCGGCCGCCCGCACCUCCCGCGGCUGGACCGGGCGGGAGCGGGGAGAGUGCGGAGCUCCAGCCUCCCGCAGGCGGGACCGUCUCCGGAGCGCGCCGCGCGGUGCGCGCCCAGCCUCGGACAAUGGGGCUGCGGCGGCUGCUGCUCGUGGCGGCGGGGCUGAGUCUGUGCGGCCCCCUGCUGUCGGCCCGCGCUCCAGGCCGCAUGCCAGGAAUUCCGAGGAUAAAUUUGAGCCUUUCCCAUUGGACGACGACGAUGAGGACAAAAAUGGAAGUGGGUUAACUGAAGACAGAUUAAGCUCCAUCAAUCACAGCAGGCCUCUUCAAAAACCACCCCAUGUGUUCAUCUCAAAAGAUGCCUCGGGAUAUCUGACCAGCGCCUGGUUGACUCUCUUUAUCCCCUCCGUCUACACUGGCGUGUGUAUAAUCAGCCUUCCUCUAAACAUCAUGGCCAUCGUUGUGUUCAUCGUGAAAAUGAAGAUCAAGAAGCCUGCCGUGGUGUACAUGCUGCACCUGGCCACGGCAGAUGUGCUCUUCGUGUCUGUGCUCCCGUUUAAGAUCAGCUAUUACUUUUCCGGAAGUGAUUGGAAAUUUGGGUCUGAAAUGUGUCGCUUCGUCACCGCAGCAUUUUACUGUAACAUGUAUGCUUCCAUCAUGCUCAUGACAGUCAUCAGCAUUGACCGGUUUCUGGCCGUGGUGUAUCCCAUGCAGUCCCUCUCCUGGCGUACCAUGGGGAGGGCGUCCUUCACCUGUAUGGUCAUCUGGGCUAUGGCCAUCGCGGGGGUGGUGCCACUUCUCCUCAAGGAGCAAACCACCCAGGUGCCUGGGCUCAACAUAACCACCUGCCAUGACGUGCUCAACGAAACCCUGCUCACAGGCUUUUACGCGUAUUACUUCUCGGCCUUCUCUGCUGUCUUCUUUUUUGUGCCGUUGAUCAUUUCCACGGUCUGUUAUGUGUCUAUCAUCCAGUGUCUGAGCUCUUCCACAGUCGCCACCCAGAGCAAGAAGACCCGGGCUUUGUUCUUGUCCGCGGCUGUUUUCUGCAUCUUCAUCGUUUGCUUUGGACCCACAAACGUCCUCCUGAUUCUGCAUUACGCGUUCCUCUCUCAGAAUCCCAGCACAGAGGCUGCCUACUUUGCCUACCUCCUCUGUGUCUGUGUCAGCAGCAUAAGCUGUUGCAUCGAUCCCUUGAUUUACUAUUAUGCUUCCUCUGAGUGCCAGAGGUACCUCUACAGUAUCUUCUGCUGCAAAGAAAGUUCUGAUCCCAGUAGCAGCAGUGGUCAGCUGAUGGCAAGUAAAGUGGACACCUGCUCUACUAACCUGAAUAACAGCAUAUACAAAAAGCUGCUAACUUAGGAAAGCGGCUGCUGGAAGGUUACACAGAAAUAUUUGAAAAAGCAAAGAACCUGAGGAUUCUAUUAGUCCCUGCCAAAAAAUAGUAUUUACUCUUUUAAACAAUAAAUGUGUGAUUUGCAUGCCUCCUUCUUAAGAGGGCCAUUAAGGGUAUAUAUUUAUUAGUAACAGAAAAGGAUAACAUGAAUAGAAAACAAUGCUAUUGCCAAUGCUACAAUAAUAACUGAAUAUUACUUUUUGAUAUAUUUAGGUGACUUACAUAUAUGUGUGUGUAUAUAUAUAUACUACACAUGUUUGCAGUGCAGUAUAGAACAGACACUUUGAAACCCUCUUUUUCUCCCCAAGAGAUUAUGAAAAAGAAUUAUGAUUCUCUGAUUUAAUAUGCAAGGUCUAGGUUGGCGGAGGUUAGCCCAGAGCAUCUGAAGAUGUCCAUCUAUAGGGAAGGAUUCUGUAGUUUGGACUUACAUGGCUUUUGCAAAUAAGUUUAUUUUGAACUUGGUCAACAGCUUUAAGUUAUUAAGAGAGAACAGUGCUAUCUAUGUGUAGAAAAAAUUCUGUUUUUCAUUUUAAACAUAUCAAAGUUUGAAUUCUUUAAAUUAUGGAAACAUGAUAUGGGUAGCAUUUUUUAAAAAAAUAUGUUUUUAUUGAUUUCAGAGAGGAAGGGAGAGGGAGAUAGAAAUAUCAAUGAUGAGAGAGAAUCAUUGAUUGGCUGCCUCCUGCACGUCCCCUACUGGGGAUCAGCUGACACUCUAUCCACUGAGCCAAACUGGCCAGGGCUGGGUAGCAUUUUUGAUGUUUUACACAUUGUAUAGUGACCUGAGGUUGGCCCCGGAUAGCUCCAAGCAGUACAUACUAGGCAGGGUCGCUCCAGACCCUGCAGCUGAGCCUCCCAGAGAGCAAGGGAUCCAGGACCACCACAUUCACUCUCCUGGGGUUCCCUUAGGGGUUGGCUAUGAAUGACCGAGUUCAGUAGAAAUUGGCAGAAUAAGAUGUGCUAUCCCAGGAGAUAAUGAAUAUGAAACACUUCUCUGCCCAAUCCUUUUAAGAACAGAAAGAAGGCACGUUCACUUCCAGCAGUUACCCUGCAAGGUCCAUUCUCAGAUGGAGACACCCAUGCAGCAAACAUGACCACCCAUUAUGUGCUCCGGGCACUCUGAUGGGCGCUGGGCAAUAGAGGUGAAUAACACUAGGUCUUCCCCUCCAGAACAAAGCAGACCAGACACAGAGUGUGAUGUGUAUAUAAUAAGUACGUCGUUAUAUAAAGAAGUGUUCUUAGCCAGAUGUCAUCCAGCCAGUUUCACACAGCCUGUCAGUUGAAAAACUUUGAACAUUUGGAUUACUUGUUCAAAGUUUUGGAUUACUGGUACAAGUGGUCAUAACUUGAGAUUAAAACACAAUACAAUACAGGAAGUGUAUUUUUGUAAAUAAGUCCUUCAGUCUAUAUACAUGGACACUGUUUAUUUACAAAUGUUUUUAAUAAAUUACCCAAACCAGGUUUUAAAAAAGAAUUAUGUCAGUCUGAUUAAAAAUAACUGAAGAAAAUUAAAUUGACUUUCAGUUCUAGCAAAAUUAUUCUAUAUUUUCCAUUCACUUUUCUUAAUCGUUAAUGAGAUUAUUUUAAAAGCAUUUUUUAGCCCCAUAUUGAGUGUCAAGUAUAGAAAAUCCUCAUGGAUUUGACAAAAUAAUUUGAAAAUUAAGUUGAAAUGUAUCUUUUUUUCCAUAUGAAAAAAAAAAUGUUGGCAUCUUAAAUCAAAAAAAUGGAAAUUUCCAAGGCAAAUGCUUAUUUAAAAGAACAAACUAUUUCCAAAUGCCAUAGAAUAAUUUACAUUAAAGUGUAUUGUAAGUAGAAGCUAACAUUGAUUUUAUUAAUUUUGUUGCUAUAUUCAUUUUAUCUAACUCAGUGGAGAUUUACUGUCAUUGUUUAUUCAGUCUGCAUAUACAUAUUAAAAUUCCUCUGACUUAAUAUGACCAUCACUACUUUAUUAUCAGUCUGUACUUGUAAAAUAUUAUGUCACUGUUUUUAUGUUCUCGCUUUUUAAAAAAUGUGUGUAACCUGUAUUAAUAAACACAAAAGUUUGCUUGG